GUCAGCACCUAAUUUAAUCACGCAGUCUGCCGAGCUGGCAAGGCGACUAGCUGACUCGGUCCUAGCGCCGAAAUCCCCUGGACAACUUACGCGAGUUGCAAUGUUUGUUUAGACUCGACAUCAACCACCAACCCAUCCCGACAUUCAACCACCACCCAAUGUCUGCCUCCUCAGUCCACGCCGAACCACCACCUGAGGUGGUCUGCGACCCGGAAGGCUUACAGUAUGAGACCGGACCGCAGCUAGGUAAAGGUGGCUUCGCCAUCUGUCAUCGGGCGAAGUUGCUGGGCCAUGAGCAUCUUGGGAGCAACACAGUCGCUUUGAAGAUUGUCAAAUCUAAGAUGGAGCCUCCCAAACUGGCACAAAAGUUUGUGACCGAGCUGCAGAUCCAUUCCAAGUUAUCCCAUACAAACAUCGUCGAAUUCUACCGCGCAUUCUCUUUCCAAACCAGCACCUACGUCGUCCUGGAGCUCUGCGAGAACGGCUCCCUUGCCGAUGCUAUCAAGAAGCGUAAAUAUUUUACCAUGCCGGAGAUUCGACGGUUUAUGGUCCAGACGUGUGGAGCGAUAAAGUACUUGCAUCAGCGGAACAUCGUACACAGAGACCUGAAGACGGGGAAUCUGUUCCUAGACAAAGACAUGAACGUUAAGGUCGGAGAUUUUGGCCUGGCGGCCCUACUUGUAUCGCAGAACGAUUUCGGUGCUAUUCGUCGAACCACUAUGUGUGGGACCCCAAACUACCUGGCGCCAGAGGUGCUGGAAAAAACUGGUAAGGGUCACGAUGAGAAGGUCGAUCUGUGGGCUAUCGGGAUCAUGAUGUACACCCUGGCUGUUGGCAGAGCACCUUUCCACGCGGCGAAACGAGAGGACAUUUACCGGAAGCUGAAGGCACGAGAGUAUUCUUGGCCCGAUCUUGCCAAAUUCCAGAAUGAGAUCACAGACGACCUCCGCGACAUUGUCUCAUGUCUCCUUGUUCCCGAAGAUGACCGCCCGACCCCAGAUCAAAUCGUUAGCCAUACCUUCUUUAAAUUAGGGCACAUCCCCUUGAAGCUCGAUUCCUCGUGCACCUCUCGAGUCCCCAAAUGGCCCAAGAUACGCCCACCCUCGGCUUCAACGAUAAGGCGUGGAUAUACUGAUGAGUGGUGGACGUUGUGCAAAGACUCCGCUGUCGGCGAGUUUGAGGUUGGAAAGAGUUUUGGGGCAUAUGGGGGCAGGAGGAACAAAACAGUGGCUAGAGAUUGCCAGAAGGAAAUCGAAUCAGGAAAACAACCCAACAUUCCAUUUGCCAAGGAUACAGUCUACUUGCCCUUCCCCGAACGUACCCACUGGCCAUUUCAAGCUGCUGGCGGCCUGAGCGAAAUUCCAGAGGAGAAGGAGUCCUCGUCAGAAGGGCAAGCUCUGAUUGAAACCACGGGAAAUGACCGUGCAAAGGGUCGUCAAGCUCGAAAUGUGAGAAAGGAAGCCAUGGCUCCACCCCUCAAGGAGAACAAAGAACCAGGACAGGAACCAGAGACAGUGAAGAGAGUUGUGGAUAAACAGCCGACCCGCAUGAGGUCUGUCCGGAAGAUUUCGAAUCCUGAUCGUGUCACAGCUGCCACUGCGGCACCGGUACCUUUGCGUGUACCUAGGCAUACCCGGACCGCUCAGCGUACCAGGUCAACGAGGGACAUCACGAAUGAGAAAGAGGAACCUUUGCCAGAGUUGCAGCCCGUACGCACAGUGAAAACUGCUUCCAAGUUGGUUGAAAAGGUAGAGUCAUUCUCAGCAAAAAAGUCCGUCUCUACCAAUUCUUCGCCUCCGCUUCGAGCCAUGGGCUUAGAACUCCCAUCAACAGACCCGGCUUCAGUGCUAGCACAGCUCUAUACUUUCAGAGAUAAUAUAGUACGCGCACUCCAGAAGAAGCCGUCAAACUCCGGCCGGGGCAGGUCGUCGCAACUUCCAUUCGUAUCUAAAUGGGUCGAUUACUCUCGAAAACAUGGUGUAGGUUACGUUCUUGAUGACGGAUGCGUCGGCUGCAUUGCUUCGGCUACCGGUAAGCACCCGGUUACCACAGCCUUCGCUCCGGAUGGAGGUGCAUACCUCAGGAAACUCGCCAAAGAUCCGAAAUACGCGGGGCGGAUUCCGAUGCAAUACUACGCGGUUCCUGAGGAAGGCAUGGGGUUGUCGCGGAUUGAGGUCCUUGAUAGGGAUCGUGUGGAGGGCAUGCAGUCAAUAUGGAACAAGUUUGGAAAAUACAUGUGUGUGCAGCUGGGCAUGGAGUUGCGUCCCCAGAAGAAAGAGUCUGCGCCGGCCAACUUUGUGAAGUUUUACCAGCGCCUGGGAAAUGUUGGUAUAUGGGGUUUCGCCGACGGCUCAUUCCAGUUCAAUUUUCCAGACCAUACCAAACUGGUAUGCUCCUUUGAUGCUGGGUAUUGCAAGUUCAUCUGCUUGUCCAGGGAGGCCAUGACGCUACUUCGAGAGGCAGGCGACGUUCCGUUCAAAUAUAUUAAGGAUCGCGAGAUCCUUCACGGUUCCCUUCAGCAACUCCUCUACGGCUCUGCGGACAAGGCAGAUACUUAUAAGGAAAUCACCGAGGGUAAUUUAUUGCGACCGAAGCUUGAAUUGAUUCGAACAAUUCUGGACGGAUGGAUUCAAGGUGGGGGCAUUGGGUGUCUUUCUAAGCCCGGCUCCUACAAAUGGGAAGGGCCUCAACUGGAAGACAAUAAGAAGCACGACUGGGUCAGCGCGCAGACAAAGCGUGCGGGGCGCAAGAAAGAUGCCGGCGGCGCCAAACAGGCUUCUGGCGGGGGGCAGAAGAAGGCCCAGUUCGCAAAGAAGGCAGUCUUCGAAACCACAAGGAAGAAGGAGGUCGGCGUAUCAGAUCUCACGCUGAUCAGCAAGAUCUCGAAUGAGGCCAUCAACGACAAUCUGAAGAAGAGAUUCGAGAAUGCCGAGAUAUAUACUUAUAUCGGACACGUACUGGUGUCCGUCAACCCAUUCCGGGAUCUGGGCAUCUACACGGAUCAAGUGCUGGAUAGCUACAGAGGCAAGAACAGAUUGGAGGUCCCUCCGCAUGUCUUCGCCAUCGCUGAAUCCUCUUACUACAACAUGAACGCGUACAAAGAGAACCAGUGCAUUAUUAUAUCCGGUGAAUCAGGAGCUGGAAAGACGGAAGCUGCGAAGCGAAUAAUGCAGUACAUUGCAAAUGUCUCUGGUGGAAGUAAUUCCUCUAUUCAGGAGAUAAAGGAUAUGGUGCUGGCCACUAAUCCAUUGCUUGAAUCGUUUGGAAAUGCGAAGACUUUGAGGAAUAAUAACUCCUCAAGGUUUGGGAAAUACCUUGAAAUUCAAUUCAAUGCUCAAGGAGAGCCCGUGGGAGCUAACAUCAACAACUACCUUUUGGAAAAGUCAAGAGUGGUCGGCCAGAUCACGAACGAGCGAAAUUUUCACAUUUUCUAUCAGUUUGCGAAGGCAGCAUCAUCGAAUUACAGGGAAACGUUUGGUGUACAACAACCCCAAUCUUACGUUUACACGAGCCGAUCGAAAUGUUACGAUGUUGAUGGAAUAGAUGAUCACGCGGAAUUCAAGGAUACGCUGAAUGCCAUGAAGAUUAUUGGAUUGUCUCAAGGCGAGCAAGACAACAUCUUCCGCAUGCUAGCUGCAAUUUUGUGGCUGGGCAAUGUAUCCUUCCAAGAAGAUGAUUCGGGAAACGCCAUGAUUGCCGACCAAUCAGUGAUCGACUUCGUGGCGUAUCUUUUGGAAGUUGAUUCCGCACAUGUUCACAAAGCUCUUACUCUGCGAGUAGUAGAAACGAGCCGAGGUGGACGCAGGGGUUCUGUAUACGACGUCCCACUCAAUCCUGCCCAAGCGACCUCAGUCCGAGAUGCGUUGUCUAAGGCGAUCUACUUCAACUUGUUCGAUUGGAUUGUUGAAAGAGUUAACGUGUCCCUGAAAGCUCGAGGCGCAAUGGCACAUUCAAUUGGAAUCCUGGAUAUUUACGGAUUCGAAAUUUUCGAGAGAAAUAGCUUCGAGCAACUGUGUAUCAACUAUGUCAACGAGAAGCUUCAGCAAAUCUUCAUCCAGCUGACGCUGAGAACUGAGCAAGAAGAGUAUGCGAGAGAGCAGAUUAAGUGGACGCCUAUCAAAUACUUCGACAACAAAGUGGUUUGCGACCUGAUCGAGGAAAAACGUCCGCCUGGUGUUUUCGCUGCGUUGAACGACGCUUGUGCUACGGCGCAUGCGGACCCUACCGCUGCAGAUCAGACGUUUGUUCAAAGAUUGAAUGCGCUUUCGUCCAACCCCAAUUUCCAACCUCGGCAGGGACAGUUCGUCAUUAAGCACUAUGCUGGCGAUGUGUCAUACGCUGUGGACGGCAUGACGGACAAAAAUAAGGACCAAUUACUAAAAGAUCUCCUUAAUCUUCUCAGCCAAAGCUCCAACAGUUUUGUUCAUGUUCUGUUCCCCAACCAGGUCGACCAAGAUAACAGGAGGAGACCUCCGACGGCUGGUGACAAAAUCAAAGCAUCCGCAAAUGACCUCGUUGCAACUCUCAUGAAGGCGCAGCCAUCAUACAUUCGAACCAUCAAACCGAACGAAAACAAGUCGCCCACGGAGUACAACUCGCCGAACGUCCUCCACCAGGUCAAGUAUCUCGGUCUGCAAGAAAACGUCCGUAUUCGACGUGCUGGUUUCGCAUCGCGUCAGACAUUUGAAAAAUUCGUGGAGCGCUUCUUCCUUCUUUCCCCUAAGACCUCAUAUGCUGGUGAAUACACUUGGUCGGGGGAUUAUCAAAGUGGCGCGAAGCAGAUCUUGAGGGAUACCAACAUCCCUACCGAAGAAUUCCAAAUGGGAGUAACAAAGGUCUUUAUCAAAACUCCAGAGACGUUAUUUGCGCUCGAGACGAUGCGUGACCGUUACUGGCAUAACAUGGCUAUCCGAAUCCAGCGUGCAUGGAGGAACUACCUGCGGUAUCGGACUGAAUGCGCUAUUCGUAUACAACGUUUCUGGAGACGAGUUAACGGUGGCCUAGAAUUUAUCCAAGUUCGUGAUCAAGGUCACAAGGUCCUUCAGGGUCGCAAAGAAAGAAGAAGGUUCAGUUUGAUUGGCUCACGCAGAUUCAUGGGCGACUAUCUUGGGAUCGGAAACAGGGGUGGACCGGGAGAAGUCAUCGCAACCGCUGUGAACAUAUCCAGCAACGAGGAAGUCCCCUUUUCGUGCAGGGCUGAGCUCUUGGUUUCCAAGCUUGGUCGUUCGAGUAAGCCUGAGCCUAGGAUGCUGAUUCUCACGAAGAGGAAUGUGUACCUGGUAAAGCAAGUCAUGGUGAACAGGCAAAUUCAGAUCCAGGCUGAGCGAACGAUACCAGUUGGGGCGAUCAAAUUUGUCGGAACCUCGACCUUAAAGGAUGAUUGGUUCUCCAUCAGCGUUGGGUCACCACAAGAGCCUGAUCCCCUCGUUAACUGCGUUUUCAAGACAGAGUUCUUCACUCACCUUACAAUUGUUUUAAGGGGAUCAUUAAAUCUGAGAAUUGGAGACACCAUCGAAUUCAACAAGAAACCUGGUAAACCUGCACAAAUCAAGGCCGUCAAAGACCCGUCAAUCACAAGGGAUGAUAUGUACAAGAGCGGGACCAUACAUACCGGUCCAGGGGAGCCCCCAAAUUCUGUUUCUAGGCCCACGCCCAAAGGGAAGCAAAUCGCAGCCAAACCAAUCACAAAAGGCAAGCUGUUGCGUCCUGGAGGACCUGGUGGGGCUCCUUCGAAGCUUUCCCAUCGCCCUGCUCAACCUAGGCAAACGACACCUGCGGCAUCCCAACCAAGGCCUGUACCUCAACCGGUUGCUGCGUUAUCGAACGGUACAAGUCACGGACGCAAUCAAUCGUCGUCAUCGACCCGUGCGCCACCUCCACCUCCUCCUACAGCACCUCCCGCACCCAAAGAACCAACCUAUCGCGCUCUUUACGAUUUUCUAGGUCAAUCGGCUGGUGAGCUUAGUAUCCAGCAGGGUGAGGUGAUAUUGGUCACACAAAAAGAGAGCAACGGGUGGUGGCUAGCAAGCAAAUUAGAUAAAUCAGCGUCUGGUUGGGCGCCGUCCGCAUACCUAGAAGAGGUGGUCAACAAACCUGCCCCUCCUCCAGCGCCGCCCGCACCCCCGGCACGCCCCGCUGCUAACGGAGGGCUUCGCGCCAAGCCGACGCCCCCUGCUCCGCCUGCAAAACGCCCAGCUGCAAAGAAACCCCCGGCGGCCGCUGCAGCGCGGGACAGCGGUUACUCCGGAAGCGGAGCGAGUAGCUUGGAUCCCGGAGCUAGAGACAGCAGCGGAAGCAUCGCAGGAGGUCUAGCAGAAGCACUAAGGCAACGACAAGCCGCAAUGCAAGGUCGACGUCCCGCCCGUGAGGACGAAUGGUAAGUGAGGAUGAGACGUCAAGAUGAUGGAGGCCAAUGGGACAUGCCGCCGCCUUAUUCUCUUGUGCCUCCUCAUUUGUAUGGCCGUUUGAGGGGUACGUUCAGGGCUUUCUAGCGAGGCUGCGCCCUGAUUAAAAGUUGAUCACGCUGGCGGUUGUUCAUGUUUCUUCGUUAGACGCUUACGGAGGGUUAGUUAGAGGUCUCUGAGAGUCAUCACCGUAACCGACUUUCGGCGGCCUCGGGAAACGGGAUCGAUAUCGCGAUUAUGGAGGGUCGCGGUUAUGGUUUCUGGUGGAAGCGGACGGCGCAUCGGAGCAAUAGAGGGUCGAAUUCUGCAAUACAACUUGUUGAUGCC